CGGGUUUGAUCUUGCACCGAACGUGAGCUCUCUGAUCAGCGGCUGCAAGAUGGGUGCACAUGAUAAUGACUGGUUCUACAAUAUGCUGCACAAGCACGGCAUCUAUGUGAUGUGGUUCGACAGCCACACAGGCAACAUUGACAUGGACCUGGCCUGGCAGUUUGUCGACGAUAGAGACAACUUCGGUUCCAAGCUGCGCACAAAUACAUCGAGUCUCUCCAAGUCCCAAUCUGACGAAACCCACUCUACCCACGACAGGCGCCCGUACCAUUCGGGAAAAAGGGAAAACACAAAAUCAAAGUUCGGUUCAUCCAUGAAAUCCACAUCCACUCAGGUUAGAACGGCUUCCGAGACUGGCGGAAGGGGCUCUUCUUCAAUUCGAUCACCAAAGCUAGAAAAGCUAGAGAAACCCGCGACUCUUCGGCCGAGACGCACUGCGCCCAGCAGUGAAACCAGCAGUGUGAACAUUUCUAUCACCGACCAACAGCCCAGCAGCAAACCCAAGUCAUACCGCACCCAGUUGCCAUCUUACGUUAAUCCUAUUUUCAGGCACAAAGAAGCGCCAGAAAUCUCUAUCCCGCGCUUUCAAGAAAUUGACAACGAGGGGAGCUGUAUCGACGCCCGCAUCACCAUUACAAGAUUCGCCAAAUUUUGCCAACAUGGCUCCCAAUCCCUCAUUGCGGUGGCUCCGGUUGGCUACACAUGUGGGCGUUUGGUUAAGGUAUCAAUAUCGGCUAAUGGGGGCUCGAAGCAGAUGAAUGACGAAUUUAUCCGCAUGACCGGCCCGCUAAUGCCGAACAUGAUAGUCGAGACAAAACAACUUGCUGGUCUGCUGUCGACUACGGUCAUGGACGCGUCGGCAAACAUUGCGUCCUUGAACUGUGAUGACUUUUCGGUUGUCAACAGGCGCAUGGAGAUGAUCACGUCGAUUAUCGAAAAUUACUGC